UGGUAUCAGUUAAAACGAAUCGUCAAUUGCUCUGACUGUCACUCGAGACCAACACGAGCAGAAAAAAUUCAACCAACCCGGACUUUGUAUGUACGUAUAUAUAUCCAUUCACUUGCAGCUCAUGCUAGGCAACAGUUGCCAUGACUGGACAGUCGUUUGCGUCGUAUCCGGAUCAGUCCUGCGUCACUGCAGACCUCGGCAGACGUCGUGCAAAGAAGGGUGGAUCCCCUCCCCCCUCUAAAAAUAUAUAAAAAAAAAAGAUGUGGAACAGAAAGCGUGGAAACGAUUCAAGUGUUUCAAAGUGACGACUAUACAGCCUUGACUUGAUUGUAGGUUGGUACAUAGUCGCCAAACUGCGUACGUGUUGAACGCCCGCGUUCACUGGAUUUUGUUUGUUUCCUUCCAUUUGAAACUCCCCUCCUCUUGCCUAAAUCGCAUUUUAUAACAGUUUUUGAUUCAAUUCAAUCAAAAAGAAUUUUGAAAAAAUAUAAAAGAGAGAAAGGGCCAAAAAACACAAAACAGCUGAGAAAUGGUGAAAAGCGACGGACGCCAUUGGUUCAGGUGUGGCGGGCGUCGUCAUAGCGACGCCAAUCUGGAUAAACCAAUCGCUGGCGCCUCCGCACGUAACGUCGUGUGUCCGCCGGGGCUGCCGUGCGUAGCAUUUCUCUCCGCUGCGGUGGUGAGUGCUGGUAAGAGAAGAGGAGUAAUAAGAGGUGGGUUUCCCUCCCAACCACCCACCCGAAAAGAAAAAAAAAACACAACAAGAAAGAGAGGGGAGAGCUCCCGCCGACAACAGCAGCCAAACGGGGCAGAAUCAGGUGAGUCAAGAGGGUGGUGGGUGGUUAAAAAAAACUACCGUGUAGUAGGUACUACUGCAUUUUUUCCGUUGCUGGAUUUUCCCAAUCCGCAGCGCAACAGCAACAGACUGGAACUCUCCUCCCCCCGCAGGCCAUCCAGCAGCUAUAUCUCCACCCCCUUCUCUCUCUCUGCCCAUAUGGAAAAGGCAGCUCUCCUCAAUCCUCGUACAGUUUAUCUAUCCACCUACCUUUAUCCAUCUUUGCUUCUUAUUCUGCUGGCCGCCUAUAUAGAAGCCAACUGCUUUUUUUUCUCUCUCUCUUAUAAUAUUCCGAAGGGUUGAUUUUUUUUUCUCCUACCUCCACCUGGGUGUCUUGCAAGGUGUUGCAGCCAACAACCCAAAAAAAAAAAGAAAAAGAAGAAGGCAGUAGGAGGAGCUUUAAAAAAAAUAAUAAUCACAAAAAAAAACUUGAGAGAGUUUCGGACGAGUGUCUUAUGCGAGCCGCUGUGCCAGCCGACCGUCUAGUUCAAGUCCUGACGCCGUCGUGCUCAGGUGUGCAAAUCACCUCCUCACCUCUCUCAUCAACGUUUAGCCCAUCUCCUACUGUGUGUUUAAUCGAGUCGUAUUGUUCAAAAGCGUUUGAUUUCUUCGAGACCCCCCCCGCAAACGACGAGUUGGACUCCCGAAUUUUUGGUGGCCGUUUCUUGUCGAAUUGAUUUCGGGGUUUUUGAACGGAUUUAAUUCUCAGCCCAGUUCGGUUCACUGGGAAUUUUUAAAACUGUGUGCUGCGCAAGUGUACAAUUGCGGUCGACUGGAAGUUUGUUCUUUUCUCCAAAACAUCCGCAGUGUUGUUUCUCGCAUGGUGAUCGCCAGUGUGUCUAGUUCAAUCUCGAAUUAUUUCCUCAAAAAGUUUCAACGGGAUUGUUGAUAUUGAUUUUUUUUUUUCGUUGUGUUUUCAUCAAACGAUUCACUUAAAAAAACAAAAUGUACGAAAAUUCUUCUUCGCCCGUGUCGGCUCGCCAGCAGCAGCACGAAGCUGAAAUCAUCCGGCGGAUGAGCGCCGCUCGAUCCAGCGCAUUCAACGUCGUGGCCCCCUAUUCCCUGGAAGCCCAGCAGCAGAGCAUAAGCAAAGACGUGGACGGUGUCGGUUACGGAGCCAAUCCCUUUCUCGGUUCAUUCGGUCUACUGUCGACAUCUUGGCUAGUCUGGUCGAUACAACAACAACAGCAGCAGCAACAGCAACAACAACAACAACAGCAAUCGCAUCCAAAUGGAACUGCAACGCCCAGUUCGCCCAAUCCGUUCUUCUAUCCGUUCGGAGCUGGCCAUCCCCUUUUGCCCAGCGCUGCAUUCCUUCGAGCGUCGCUUGCAUCGGCCCAGCGACCGGCCGUACCAGCCCCUCAAGUGACUCCACCCUCAGAAGUGCCGGCGAAUGCCAAGUGCCGAUGGAUCGAUCCACAACAGCCGGCCCCCGAGACGCCACUCAAUCUGAGCACAAAGCCCAAGGCCAAAGGGAUCUGGUCGCCGGCCAGCUUGUGCGAGGAGGAGCAGAGCAGACGGACAACGACGACUGGCAAAAUUGCUGCCGCUCCGACGGCGGCCAGUUCGCCGGAUCGAUGCGAUUCCCCCCAGAAGGCCACGUCACCGGACUCUCCGCCCCCAAGCGGCCGGAGAUCCUCGGAGGCGGAAGACGGCAGCAGCCCUUACCACUACCGGGCCACUUCGGCCGCCGCUAACGGGACGGCUCGGUUCGCCCGCGGCCCGACGGCCGCUGCUCUCUUCCGGCCUUUCGACCCGUUUUACAGCAUGCGAUUGCCGGGUCACGGCGGAGUCGGCGGCAGCUGGAAGGCGGCCGACGACCACCAGUACCAGCACCAUCAGUACCACCACCACCAUCAGGAGCCGCAGCACAGUCCCCAGGACAGCCGGCAGAGUUCCGGCGGAGAGGAGAGCAUCUACUCGGACAACAUCAAAGACGAGGACAUGACGGCCCAUUUCUGCCGCGUCUGCGACCAGUCCUUCUCCUCUAUUGCCGCCCUGGAGGCUCACGUGCGUCAAAAUCACUGCGACGUCCUGAUGGAAGGCUCGUCCGUCAGCGGAGACGGCCGCGACCAGCACCAAAGGAUAAACAUGGGCGCAUUCCCUUGCUCCCGCUGCCCCAAAGUAUUCGAAAUUGGCGCCAGUCUCGAACAGCAUUUAGCAACGCACCACGCCUCACGUUCUUUCCAGUGCAAGCAAUGCGGCAAGACGUUCAAGCGGUCGUCGACGUUGUCGACUCACCUGCUGAUCCACUCGGACACUCGGCCGUAUCCUUGCCAGUACUGCGGCAAAAGGUUCCACCAGAAAUCCGACAUGAAGAAACACACCUACAUCCACACAGGUGAAAAGCCUCACAAGUGCAUCGUGUGCAGCAAAGCCUUCAGCCAGUCGUCCAAUCUGAUCACCCACAUGCGCAAGCACACCGGCUACAAGCCGUUCGCCUGCGGACUCUGCGACAAGGCCUUCCAACGCAAGGUCGACCUGCGGCGGCACCGCGACAGCCAGCACCCGGCCAUGGCCCACCUGCCGCUCCCGCCGCCUCUCCCGCUCAACAAGAGCGAGCGGACCGGCAACGCAACCGUCGCCAGCACGGCCAACAUCGUCUGAUUUCGUCUACAGCUCAGAUGAGAGACGACUGAUUAUUAUUACAAAAUAAAAACAGCAUAUUGGCCGGAUAGAUAAUCAAGAUGUUAUCUAUAUCGAAAGGCCUAUCAAGUUAUUGCUGUUCACUACUCUUGUACAUAAUUAUGCGACGAUUAGGGAAAUCUGUAGAAUCUGACGACACACAAACACAAUCCGUGCCUUUUUCUUUGAUUUUUGAAUGAGUUGAGAUCAACCCAAACCAAUGACGUAUUUAUAUAAUUCUAAUUUUGAUGUAUAGGCCUACUUGACUUGUUGCCCUAUAGCUCACUCUCUACUCUCUCUCUCUCUCAUUCAAUGGCUCACAGUCUCUCUCUUUUACACACACACACACCCCACGCCCUCCUCUAUAUUAUACAAAUAUGAAUAUCAUUAUUAUAACUAUGUAGCCCCGUCGUUCCACUAAUCCGAAUCGCUUUUCCUCUCUAGUCUCCUAUUACAUGUAAAAUGCCCCCCCCCCCUUUUCAUCCGCAAAAGACAAAAUGAGUUGUUAUACGUCAUAAUAUUUUUUUCCCUUUUCGCUCUUUUCUCAAUUAGGCCCAAUGAUAUUUGUCACUCUCGAUCGCUGCUGUUGUAAUCAUCAUCGCAAUUUUUUCUAUGUGUAAAACUUUACUGAUUAUCUCCCAUCUCCCGAAGAAAAAUUAUCUCUGUAUAAUGAAAAAAACAAACAAAUCAUUAUUUGUCAUUUGAAUGUAAUACCCAGUAGUCCAUAUUUACCAGAGUAACCAAUAAUGAGACAAAGAGAAAAAAAAACGACACGCCCAGUUCAUUUUUGUUUUUGCCAAGAAAUAAUUUUUUUUUUAAAUAGGAAAAAAAAGGUCAAAUGUCUGUCGAUUUGAAAAAAAACAAGCACCAGAUCUCGUCAUUUUCACGUAUUUAUAUUUCCAAAUAAUAAAGGACUGUGUGUUACUCGUUUAAAUUCCUGUUAUGAAAUAUUUUCAAGACUCGAUAGGAUAGGAAGAAAAUCCCUGAGCCCCCCACACAAGAAAGAAGAUAAAAGCUACUGUUGCAAGACGGAAAAAAACAAAACAAUCCGGAAUACGUCCGGCCCGGUGUUUGGUUUUUUCUUUUUUGCGCCGUAAAAAUAACAAAGAAAAACAAUCGACUUUAAUUAUUUUCUUCAUUUUUUAUCGUUUCAAAUUUUUUUGGCCACUUUUUUUCUCCUUGGUUGUCGCCCGAGUUUGUUGAUUGUGAAAUGGCAAAAUCACUACUAUAUAUCACUAGACCGCAGGUAUUACACACACAGAUAUGGAUGUCUCUAACGCAACAACUACUCCUCCUGCGAUUGAGCAACGGCCCCCGGAUUCCCCUCGGUUGCGCCUAUACGACGAUGAUGCACCUGUCUCCUCACAGCCGGCCCCGGUGUGUGUUUUCUUCUUUAUAUUUCAUUUGAUUUUAUAUACGUGGUCCCCCCCUCAUUAAAUGAAAUUGAAAUUUCUCUUGUACCUUUCCCUUGUUGUACAUACUACAUACAAACGACACACGUGACUGCUAUUAUAUACCUUUCGUAUACAUUGAUUCGUGUUUGAUGUUUCAAUUGGAAAUACUAAAAUACAAGAACCCACAGCAAAUGAAAAA